AUGGAGAACGAGUCGCAUAAAGUUGACCAAAGAUUUGAGUUCUUAGAGAAGUGCGUGUCGAAAGCGUUUAAUGUGAAGUCUGACCGCUGGCAGAAAUGUGUCGCCACAGAGGAGCAGCGGCAGCUCAUUCAGGACUUUCUGGAUAAAUCUGAACACAAGACUCUGGUUAUAUCGUUAAACUCCUCCGGACAGCUGAUCCCUGCUCUCGGACUCUCGGGAACCGGGAAGAACAAGUCGGUUUAUUUCGUUAAGCUGUGUAAAACCGCACUGUCCGCUGAUAAAAUGAAAACACAGUUGUUUUGUGGAGACGUGUGCCACUCUCCUCUGGAGCAGUUCUCAGUGCUGGUGGAGAAGGUUGUGGAACCGGUGUUGUCCAAUGCGAGGAACCACCGGGACUUUCCUCAUGUGGUUUCUCAGGACCUCAUGCGACACAUCCACGUGCUCAAAAACAACGUGUUUGUUAUUGCUGGACAAGUCAAAGGCAAAACCCACCUUCCCGUGCCUCCAGGAUUCGAGCAGUUUGAGCCAGUCGCUCAUGAGGGAGAUAAGAGUGGGCAUCUUGUGGAUAAACGACUCAUUCAUUCGAUGGAGACUGUUGUGAUCGAUUGGAGUCAUCAGGUCUAUAAGGUCCUGAAGAAGGACUCAUCAGAGCCAUUACUUGAGGGCAAAAACCCCACUCCACAUGCAGAGAUUAAGUUCUGGAAAAACAGGCUUGCUGAUCUUCAGGGAAUUCAUAACCAGUUCCAGUCCCCUCGAGUUCUGAUGCUGGCUGAGCUCCUGGCUGCCGUCGACAGCAGUUAUUAUCCUGCCUUUGCAAAAAUGCUCCGGGACGUUUCAGAAGCUCGAAGUGAGACGAGGGAUAUCAAUACCUUCCUCAAGCCAAUAGAGAAACUUGUAGAAGAUGUGGAGAACGCAGACUUCAGCGAGGUGAAGGGGAAGAUCGCUCCUCUCAUGCAUACAGUGUGUCUCAUAUGGGCAAACUCCAAAUACUACAACAGCCCAGCCCGAAUCAUAGUGCUUCUACAGGAGAUCUGCAACCUCCUCAUCCAGCAGGCCCGGAGUUUCCUGAACCCAGAGGAUGUCCUGAAGGGUGAUGUACUGGAGAGCCUGUCCCGAGUGCAGAUGGCUAUAGAUGGGCUGACACACUUCAAGAGCACAUAUGAGAACAGAAGGGCCAAUCUGAGUCAGUACCAGAGGAACCAGAAUGAGGUGAAGCCUUGGGAUUUCUCACCCCUCCUGGUUUUUGUCGGGCUGGAUCACUUCAUGAAGAGACUCAGAACAAUUGAAACUCUCCUGCUGACUGUAGUUGAUAUGAUGAAGUUGGAGAAGGUCGAGUUUGGAGGGAUUCUAGGAAAAUCUCUUAGCCAGCGAGUCCAGUUCUUACAUGAAGACUUCUUGGAGACAUAUAAAACAUUCUCAGAGAAGCCGUAUGACUGCCUUGAUGUUAGUAAUGUGGAGUUUGAAGCAGAUUUUAUGGAGUUUCAGCUCAAGGUGGAGAAUACCGAGCGGCAGUUGAGUACAAUCUUUUGUCAUGCUUUUGAUGAUGCUGCUGGUCUGGAGCAUGCUUUCAAGGUUUUGGACAUGUUUGGCAGACUGCUGGAGCGACCCCUGAUAGCAGCCGAUGCUCACACUAGAUAUCGGAUGCUGAUCAAAAUGUUUGACAAGCAGCUGGAAUGUUGCAAGUUGAUCUUCAAGCAGCAGAUGCAGACAGGAGAAACCCAAGGUUACUCUCCUGUCUCCAAGAACAUGCCUGUGGUUGCCGGAGGUUUGAAAUUUGUCCAGCAAUUGAAGGAACGCAUACAGAUCCCUUACAAUAACUUCAGAUUCAUCAACCACCCAUGUAUGGAGUCUGCAGAUGGAAAGGAGACGAUCCAGAAAUACGAUGAGUUGAUGCAGCUACUCAAAGGAUACUCCUCUAAACUGUAUGACGUCUGGACGAGUUCUGUGGCUGAGAAGUCACAGUUUAAUCUCCAGAAGCCGCUGAUAUCCCGAGAGCAGAGAACGAGACUCAUCUCUGUCAACUUCAGCCCGCAGCUGGUUUCGGUGCUGAGGGAGGUGAAGUACCUGGAGGCCAGACAGGCUGAAGUCAUUCCAGAUAUGGCUGCAGACAUUUAUUCCAACAGAGAGCUGCUGUGGCAGUAUGUGGCCAAUCUGGAGCUCACAACCAACUGGUACAACAAAGUGAUGAGCAGCAUGCUCGAGGUGGAGAUGCCGCUGAUCCAGAGCCAGCUGACAGACAUUGACGCCAAGCUCAAAGAAGCUGAGGAGAACCUCUGCUGGACAAGCCAAGGGAUUUGGGAAUACAUCCAGGAUAUCCGUGAGACGGUAUAUGACCUGGAGCAACGCCUACAGAGGACUAAAGACAAUGUUGAGGAGAUCCAGACUAUCAUGAAGAGCUGGACUACCCCAGUCUUUGAGAGGAAGGAGGGGAAGAAAGAUACUCUUCUAAACCUGGAAGAUAAGACCGAGCGUCUGGAGAGAACGUACGGCCAGAUCCGAGCUUCAGGAACCAAGAUCCAUCUGUUGCUGAAAGACAACAUGUCACUCUUCAAAGCAGACCCAUCUUCUGCGCGGUGGAAGGUUUAUGUGGAUUACAUUGAUGAAAUGGUCAUUGAUGGUUUCUACAAUGCUGUUGAGAGCUCCCUCAAGUUCUUCUUGGACAACACAGACCAGAAGGCUGGAUUAGCUCCACUCUUUGAGGUCCAGCUGCUUCUGCAGGUUCCUGAGAUUGUGUUUUAUCCGUCGUUGGAGUUCAGUGCUUCAGGCGGGUUCCAUGAUCUGGUGGAGAGCCUCAUCAAUAGCGUCUUUAGGAUCUCUGCUCUUGUGCCACGAUUAUCUGAGCACAGCGGUUUCCCACACUAUCAGGCUGAUAUGGAGGACAUGGUGGACUUUGCGGAGUGGAGGCAUCUUCUGAUGGAGCGCGUGAGGAAAGUCAUGGGACAGUGCUGUGAGUAUCGUAACAGCCUGGAACACUACGCUUACCUCUACGUGGACGACCGGAAGGAGUUCAUGCGUCAGUUCCUGCUGUACGGUCACGUGCUCACGAGUGAAGAGAUCGAGGCCCACGCCGAGCACGGCGUCCCAGAAACCCCUCCGACUCUGGAGUGCUUCCGCAAGCAGGUGGACUCGUACGAGCUCUUAUAUGAGGAGGUGCAGAGGCUGGAGCCCGUCCAUGUGUUUGAGAGUUGGAUGAGGGUGGACGCACGAGCCUUCAAAAGUGCCCUGCUCAACGUCAUCAGAAAGUGGAGCUUCAUGUUCAAACAGCAUCUUAUUGAUCAUGUGACGCACAGUCUGUCUGACCUGGAGGAGUUCAUCGGGCUGACGGAGGCUGGUCUGGGUAAGAAGGUGGAGGAGGGUGACUAUAACGGUCUGGUGGACAUCAUGGGUUACCUGAUGGCAGUUAAAGAGCGUCAGAGCACUACAGAUGAGAUGUUCGAGCCUCUGCAGCACACCAUUGAUCUGCUGAAGACUUAUGAACAGGAACUCCCAGAGCUUGUGUACAAACAGCUAGAGGUGCUGCCGGAGAAGUGGAAUAACAUGAAGAAGCAGGCGGUGUUGGUGAAGCAGCAUGUUGCUCCGCUGCAGGCUGGCGAGGUGGCUAACCUACGCAGGAAAUGCGCUGCAUUCGAUGUGGAGCAGCACACCUUCAGAGAGCAGUUCCGCAAGAAAGACUUUUUCAGGUUUGACUGUGUGAAUCCACAUGAGAUGCUGGACGAAGCACACGACCAAAUUCAGGAGAUGGAGACCACGAUGGCCGGGCUCAUUGUGUCCGCCAAUCUCUUUGAAGUCAACAUAUCAGACUACAGACAGCUGAAGCAGUGCCGCAAAGAGCUGCCCAUUCUCAAGGAGUUGUGGGAUCUGGUCUUGGUGGUCCAGUCCUGUUUGGAGGCCUGGCAGAUGACGCCCUGGAGACAGAUCAACGUGGAUGACAUGGAGAUGGAGUGCAAGCGCUUCUCUAAGGAGCUCCGCACGCUGGACAAAGAGGCUCGCCCGUGGGACGCCUUCAGCGGGCUGGACGGCACCGUGAAGAACACACUAGUCUCGCUGAGAGCCGUCGCCGAGCUCCAGAACCCGGCCAUUCGUCCUCGCCACUGGCAGCAGCUGAUGAACGCCACCGGAGUGCGCUUCACCAUGGACAAGGACACCACGCUGGCCGACCUGCUUCGCCUCAACCUGCACCACUUCGAGGACGAAGUGAGAGGCAUCGUGGAUCGCGCCGUGAAGGAGAUGGGCAUGGAGAAGGUGCUCAGUGAGCUGGACGCCACCUGGAUCAGCAUGGCGUUUGAUUUUGAGCCUCAUCCACGGACUAACAUUCCUCUGUUGAAGUCCAGCGAGGAACUGAUCGAAACGCUGGAGGACAACCAGGUGCAGCUGCAGAAUCUGAUGACGUCGAAGUACAUCUCCUUCUUCCUGGAGGAGGUUUCCACGUGGCAGCGGAAGCUCUCGGUGACGGACUCCGUGAUCUCCAUCUGGUUCGAGGUUCAGAGGACGUGGAGUCACCUGGAGAGCAUCUUUAUCGGUUCUGACGACAUUCGCUCUCAGCUACCAGAGGACUCCAAACGCUUCGAUGGUAUUGAUACUGAUUUCAAAGAGCUGACGCACGACGCCAGUAAAACACCUAACGUUGUGGAGGCCACCAAUAAACCCGGGCUCUACGACAAACUGGAGGACAUUCAGGGCAGAUUGUCUCGUUGUGAAAAAGCCCUGGCAGAGUAUCUGGACACCAAGCGCUUGGCCUUCCCACGCUUCUACUUCAUCUCCUCUGCUGACCUGCUGGACAUCCUGUCCAGUGGCACUGACCCUCACCAGGUUCAGAAGCAUCUGUCAAAGUUGUUUGACAAUAUGGCGAAGCUGAAGUUUGAAAUGGACGCAGGCGGAAAGCCCACCAAGACGGGGCUCGGUAUGUUCAGUAAGGAGGACGAGUACGUUCAGUUCAACGCGCCCUGUGACUGCACCGGCCAGGUGGAAGUGUGGCUGAACCGUGUUCUGGACAGCAUGAGGGCCACCGUGCGUCAUGAGAUGACCGAGGCCGUCGCCGCUUAUGAGGAGAAGCCCAGGGAGCAGUGGCUGUUCGACUAUCCCGCUCAGGUGGCGCUCACCUGUACUCAGAUCUGGUGGACGACUGAUGUAGGAAUGGCGUUCUCCAGACUGGAGGAGGGAUAUGAGAAUGCAAUGAAGGAUUACUAUAAAAAGCAAGUGAGUCAGUUAAACACCCUCAUCACCAUGCUGAUCGGCCAGCUCACUACCGGAGACCGGCAGAAAGUCAUGACCAUCUGUACCAUUGACGUCCACGCCAGAGACGUGGUGGACAAGAUCAUUCAGCAGAAGGUGGAGAACUCUCAGGCCUUUCUCUGGCUGUCCCAGCUGCGGCACCGCUGGGGCGAGAGAGAGAAGCACUGCUUCGCCAACAUCUGCGACGCCCAGUUCCUCUAUUCAUACGAGUAUCUGGGCAACACUCCACGAUUAGUCAUCACGCCACUCACAGACAGGUGAGAUGCCAGAAAAACACAGCUUUAGCUUUGGAGUGACUCAUUUGAGGAGCCAUUAGAGAGCGAGCGCGUCCCAUCAGAUGCCCUUAUGCUAAAGGAAGAUGGCGGGUUGCUCAGGCGGGUCCAUCUCGACACUUUGAAACCAUCACAAAGCAGAGACGCUGCUUCGUGUGGCAACAUCUACAAAGGCCUGGCGCAGACCGGAGCCUGGGGCUGCUUCGACGAGUUCAACAGGAUCUCGGUGGAGGUGCUUUCAGUGGUGGCGGUGCAGGUCAAAAGUAUUCAAGAUGCCAUUCGAGACAAAAAGAAGAGGUUUAACUUCAUGGGCGAGGAUGUGAACCUGGUCCCGUCGGUGGGCAUCUUUAUCACCAUGAACCCAGGCUACGCCGGCAGGACUGAGUUGCCAGAAAACCUCAAGGCUCUCUUCAGGCCGUGUGCAAUGGUGGUACCAGAUUUCGAGCUCAUCUGUGAGAUCAUGCUGGUGGCCGAGGGUUUCCUCGAGGCUCGACUUCUGGCCAGAAAGUUCAUCACUCUUUAUCAGCUGUGCAAGGAGCUGCUCUCCAAACAGGAUCACUAUGACUGGGGCCUGCGGGCCAUUAAGUCAGUGCUGGUUGUGGCCGGGUCGCUGAAGAGAGGAGAUCCGGGCAGAGCGGAGGAUCAGGUGCUGAUGAGAGCGCUGAGAGACUUUAACGUCCCUAAGAUCGUGACUGACGACAUGCCUGUGUUCAUGGGCCUGAUCGGGGACCUGUUCCCAGCGCUUGACGUGCCCCGCAAACGGGACAUGGACUUUGAGAAAUUCGUCAAGCAGUCCGUGCUGGAUCUCAAGCUGCAGGCUGAGGACAACUUUGUGCUGAAGGUGGUCCAGCUGGAGGAGCUGCUGGCUGUCCGUCACUCCGUGUUUGUGGUGGGAAACGCCGGCACCGGCAAAUCCCAGGUCCUCAAGUCUCUCCACAAGACGUAUCAGAAUAUGAAGCGAAGGGCCAUGUGGGCCGACCUCAACCCCAAAGCAGUCACAAACGACGAGCUGUUCGGCAUUAUAAACCCAGCCACGCGCGAGUGGAAGGACGGCCUGUUUUCUAAUAUUAUGCGUGAGCUGGCCAACAUCAGUCACACUGGGCCCAAGUGGAUUGUCCUGGAUGGUGAUAUCGAUCCGAUGUGGAUUGAGUCGCUGAACACAGUAAUGGAUGAUAACAAGGUGCUGACUUUAGCCAGUAAUGAGAGGAUUCCUCUGAACCCGAGCAUGAGGCUGGUGUUUGAGAUCAGUCACCUCCGCACCGCCACUCCAGCCACCGUCUCCAGAGCCGGUAUUUUGUACAUCAACCCUGCGGAUUUAGGCUGGAAUCCUCCUGUGUCCAGCUGGAUUGACGGGAGGGAAGUCCAGUCAGAGAAAGCCAAUCUGACCAUUCUGUUUGACAAGUACCUCCCAUCAUGCCUCGACACGCUCAGGUCAAGAUUUAAGAAGAUCAUCCCGGUUCCUGAGCAGAGUAUGGUCCAGAUGCUCUGCUUCCUCCUGGAAUGUCUCCUGAUCCCAGAACACACCCCUCCAGACAGCCAUAAGGAUCUCUACGAGCUCUAUUUUGUCUUCGCAGCCAUCUGGGCCUUCGGAGGAACCAUGUUCCAGGAUCAGCUGGUGGAUUACAGGGUGGAGUUCAGUAAGUGGUGGGUGACAGAGUUCAAAACCGUCAAGUUUCCGGCUCAAGGAACUGUAUUCGAUUACUACAUCGAUCCUGAAAGCAAAAAAUUUGAGCCCUGGUCAAAAAUGAUUCCCAAAUUUGUGAUGGAUCCUGACAUCCCUCUUCAGGCCUGCCUGGUCCACACCACAGAGACCAUCCGUGUGCGCUACUUCAUGGACAGUCUGUUGGAGAGGAGGCGUCCGGUCAUGCUGGUGGGCAACGCCGGCACCGGAAAAUCUGUUCUGGUGGGAGACAAACUGGGUUCUUUAGACCCGGAGAAAUACGCCAUCAAAAACGUACCCUUCAACUAUUACACCACAUCAGCCAUGUUACAGGGGCCGUCCCUGCAGGCGUUGUGUCUGCUGUUGGUUUGCAGAGUCUCUGGUGUGUACGACAGGAGCAAGCUGCAGCUGAAGGAGAUUCACAAUGUGCAGUACGUGUCCUGCAUGAACCCGACGGCUGGCAGCUUCACCAUCAACCCUCGCCUGCAGAGGCAUUUCUCGGUGUUUGCGCUCUCGUUUCCCGGUGUGGACGCUCUGAACACCAUCUACUGCAGCAUCUUGAGUCAGCAUCUGCGCGGCGAGGGAUUCCCAGCCGUUCUGCAGAAGAGCUGCUCUCAGCUGGUUCAGCUGGCCCUGGCCUUCCAUCAGCGCGUCACCGCAACCUUCCUGCCCACCGCCAUCAAGUUCCACUACAUCUUCAACCUGCGUGACCUCUCCAACAUAUUCCAGGGCAUCCUGUUUUGCACCAGCGAGUGUCUGAAGACUUCUCAGGACCUGGUGAAGAUCUUCCUUCACGAGUCCAACCGGGUUUACCGCGACAAGAUGGUGGAAGACAAAGAUUUCGACAUCUUUGACAAGCUGCAGUCAGAAACGGUGAAAAAGUCCUACGAGGAUAUGGAGGAGACACUAGAGGAGACCAGAGCCAUGAAUAUGUACUGCCAUUUCGCCACGGGCAUCGGUGAACCCAAAUACAUGGUGGUGCAGUCCUGGGGGAGCCUGAACAAGACCCUGCUGGAAGCUCUUGACGGCUACAAUGAAGUCAACGCGGCUAUAAACCUUGUUCUGUUCGAGGAUGCCAUGUCUCAUAUCUGCCGUAUCAAUCGGAUCCUGGAGUCUCCGCGGGGAAAUGCUCUGCUGGUCGGGGUGGGCGGCAGCGGGAAGCAGAGCCUGACCAGGCUGGCGGCGUUCAUCAGCUCCCUGGAGGUCUUUCAGAUCACGCUGAAGAAAGGAUACGGCAUCCCUGAUCUCAAGAGCGAUCUGGGCGCGUUGUACAUUAAAGCUGGCGUGAAGAAUAUUGGCAUGGUGCUCCUCAUGACAGAUGCCCAGGUCGCAGAUGAGAAGUUCCUCGUGUUGGUGAACGACCUUUUAGCGUCUGGUGAAAUCCCAGACCUCUUCCCUGAUGAUGAGGUGGAGAACAUCAUCGGUUCUUUAAGGAAUGAAGUGCGUGGCCAGGGUCUGAUGGACACAAGGGAGAACUGCUGGAAGUUCUUCAUCGACCGUGUCCGUAGGCAACUCAAAGUGGCGCUGUGUUUCUCUCCGGUGGGCAGUAAGCUGAGGGUGCGCAGCAGGAAGUUUCCUGCGGUGGUCAACUGCACCGCCAUCGAUUGGUUCCACGAGUGGCCACAGGAGGCGCUAGAGUCGGUCAGCCUGAGGUUCCUGCAGGACGUGGAGCACAUCCAGCCAGAGGUGAAGGACUCGGUGAGUAAAUUCAUGGCCUACGUACACAUUAGCGUGAACAAGACCUCAAAAGACUACCUGGCCAACGAGCGGCGAUACAACUACACCACGCCCAAGUCCUUCCUGGAGCAGAUCAAGCUGUACGGGAACCUGCUGGCGCUCAAGAAGAAAGAUCUGACCUCCAAGAUGGAGCGACUGGAAAACGGCUUGGAGAAGCUCAACAGUACGACUGCUCAGCAACUUAAUGAGAACUUGGCAAAGCUGACGGCGAAGUUUGAGAAAGCCACAGCAGACAAGCUGCGGUGCCAACAGGAGGCUGAGACCACGGCACGCACCAUCGCUCUCGCCAACCGCCUGGUUGGAGGUCUGGCAUCGGAGAAUGUGCGCUGGGCAGAGGCGGUGAAGAGCUUCAGGCAUCAGGAGAGCACUCUGUGUGGAGACGUGCUCCUCAUCACUGCCUUCGUCUCCUAUCUGGGCUAUUUCACCAAACGUUACCGCCUGGAGCUGAUGGACAACAGCUGGAGGCCGUACCUGAGCCAGCUCAAGGUGCCAAUCCCGGUGACUCCGGGUCUGGACCCGCUGACCAUGCUGACGGAUGACGCUGACAUCGCAGGCUGGCAGAACGAGGGUCUGCCUGCGGACCGGAUGUCGACUGAAAACGCCACCAUACUCACCAGCUGCGAACGAUGGCCGCUCAUGGUGGAUCCGCAGCUGCAGGGAAUCAAAUGGAUCAAAAGCAAAUACGGAGAAGAGCUGCGACUCAUCAGGAUUGGACAGAGAGGAUAUCUGGACUCCAUCGAGAGAGCGUUAUCUGUAGGCGAAGUUGUCCUCAUUGAGAAUUUGGAGGAAGCGGUGGAUCCAGUGCUCGGUCCGCUACUCGGACGUGAAACCAUAAAGAAAGGACGCUACAUAAAGAUCGGCGAUAAGGAAUGCGAGUACAACCCCAGUUUCCGUCUGAUCCUUCACACCAAGCUGGCAAACCCUCACUACCAGCCGGAGCUCCAGGCUCAGUGUACGCUGGUCAACUUCACGGUGACACGGGAUGGGCUGGAGGACCAGCUGCUGGCAGCCGUGGUCAGCAUGGAGAGACCCGACCUGGAGGAGCUGAAGUCGAACCUCACAAAGCAACAGAACGGCUUCAAAAUCACUUUGAAAACUCUGGAGGACAACCUGCUCUCACGGCUCUCCUCCGCGUCCGGAAACUUCCUGGGAGACAUCGAGUUGGUGGAGAACCUGGAGAUAACCAAACGAACGGCGGCCGAGAUUGAAGUCAAGGUGAAAGAGGCUAAGGUAACGGAGGCUGAGAUCAAUGACGCGCGGGAACACUACCGUCUGGCGGCGGCCCGCGGUUCGCUCCUAUACUUCAUCAUGAACGACCUCAAUAAAAUCCAUCCCAUGUACCAGUUCUCUCUGAAGGCCUUCAACGUUGUGUUCCAAAAUGCCGUACUAAAAGCCGACCCAGACGAGACCGUGAAACAACGGGUCUUAAAUCUGAUCGACAGCAUCACGUCGUUGGUGUUCCAGUACACCACCCGCGGCCUCUUCGAGUGUGACAAACUCACCUACACCGCCCAGCUGGCCUUCCAGGUCCUGCUCAUGAAUAAAGAGAUCAAUCCCCGCGAGCUGGACUUCCUGCUGCGCUACCCGGUGCAGCCGGGCUUGAUGUCACCCGUCGACUUCCUGUCCAACCACUCCUGGGGAGGAAUUAAAGCUCUCAGUACGAUGGAGGAGUUUCAUAACCUGGACCGUGACAUUGAAGGAUCGGCUAAACGCUGGAAGAAAUUUUCAGAGUCCGAGUGUCCGGAGAAAGAGAAGUUCCCUCAGGAGUGGAAGAACAAGACGUCGCUGCAGAGGCUGUGCAUGAUGAGAGCGCUACGGCCCGACAGAAUGACCUACGCCGUCAGAGAUUUUGUGGAGGAGAAGCUGGGCAGCAAGUACGUGAUGGGGCGCUCGCUGGACUUUGCCGUGUCAUAUGAGGAGUCUGGAGCCGCCACACCCAUGUUCUUCAUCCUGUCCCCUGGAGUCGACCCGCUGAAGGAUGUGGAGAAACAUGGAAGAAAACUGGGAUAUACGUUCGACAACAGAAAUUUCCACAACGUUUCGCUGGGCCAGGGGCAGGAGGUGGUGGCAGAACAGGCUCUGGAUCUGGCUGCGAAAGAGGGGCACUGGGUCAUUUUACAGAAUAUCCACUUGGUGGCUAAAUGGCUGGGAAUGCUGGAGAAGAAGCUGGAGCAGCAUGCAGAGGGAAGCCACCUGAACUUCAGGGUGUUCGUCAGUGCGGAGCCGUCCUCCUCGCCCGAUGGCCACAUUAUCCCACAGGGCAUCCUGGAGAACUCCAUCAAGAUCACCAAUGAGCCGCCCAUGGGCAUGCAUGCCAACCUGCACAAAGCCCUGGACAACUUCAACCAGGAUACUCUGGAGAUGUGUGCCCGCGAGAACGAGUUCAAAAGCAUCCUCUUCGCCCUGUGUUACUUCCACGCGGUGGUGGCGGAGCGGAGGAAGUUCGGCCCUCAGGGCUGGAACCGGAGUUACCCAUUCAACACCGGAGACCUGACCAUCUCCGUCAACGUGCUCUACAACUAUCUGGAGGCCAACACCAAGAUGAUGGAGGGAGAGCUGUAUCUGGCACCCGGCUUCCGUCUGCCGGGAAACACUGAUUACAACGGCUAUCAUCAGUACAUAGAUGGUGCUCUUCCACCCGAGUCCCCGUACCUAUAUGGCCUGCACCCGAACGCAGAGAUCGGCUUCCUCACGCAGACGUCAGAGAAGCUCUUCCGCACCGUGCUGGAAAUGCAGCCCAGAGACGGAGGAUCGGGAGAAGGAACAUCCGGAUCACGCGACGAGAAGGUGAAAGCGGCGCUUGAUGAGAUCCUUGAGAAGCUUCCGGAGGAGUUCAACUUGGCGGAGAUGAUGGGGAAGGUGGAGGAGAGGACGCCGUAUAUCGUUGUGGCGUUCCAGGAGUGUGAGCGCAUGAAUUUCCUGACACAAGAGAUCAAACGCUCUCUAAAAGAGCUCAGUCUAGGCCUGAAGGGCGAGCUCACAAUGACCAACGACAUGGAGAAUCUCCAGAAUGCCAUCUACCUGGACCAGGUGCCCGAGUCCUGGACCAAACGCGCCUAUCCGUCCAUAUCCGGUCUGGCCAUCUGGUUCAUGGACCUCCUGAACCGCAUCAAGGAGCUGGAGAUCUGGACGUCUGACUUCUCCCUGCCCUCGGUGGUAUGGCUGGCCGGCUUCUUCAACCCACAGUCCUUCCUGACGGCCAUCAUGCAGUCCAUGGCUCGCCGCAACGAGUGGCCGCUGGACAAGAUGAGCCUGCAGUGCGAUGUGACCAAGAAGAACCGCGAGGACUUCAGCUCACCGCCACGAGAGGGAGCCUACAUCCACGGCCUGUUCAUGGAGGGCGCCCGAUGGGACACGCAGGCUGGCAUAAUGGUGGAUGCUCGUCUGAAGGAGCUCACGCCCACAAUGCCGGUGAUUUUCAUCAAAGCCAUUCCUGUGGACAAACAGGAGACCCGCAGCCUGUACCAGUGUCCCGUCUAUAAGACCCGACAGCGUGGACCCACCUACGUCUGGACCUUCAACCUGAAGACCAAAGAGAAUCCGUCCAAAUGGACCCUCGCUGGAGUCGCUCUGCUGCUUCAGAUAUAAAGUACCUGCUCGCAUUUCACCGAUGACUUAUUUUCUAUUAUUAAUGCCAAAACGCGUGAUUUCAUGACACAGCACCUUUUUUUUUAGUUGCAUAAAAGUUAGUUAGUUUUAGUUGUCAAAUGUUUGCACAAACACUAUGUGCCAUGCAGUUCAAUUAAAAGCACUUUGAUGAACCGGUUUCAUAUUUGUUCAGUGUAU